CCGAGCGAGAGGGCGUUCCUGUUUCCCCUUGCGGCCUGUUCUGUCUGUCACCUCCUGCUGCGCGGUUCUAGCUGUACGGUUCGCGUCCUCUCCCCGGUGCUCAGGCGGAAGAGGCCCGAGCUGAACGCGUAAACAUCGGGCGUGGGACGCAUGAUUUUAAAGGACUGGGUGUUACAAAUGGAAGCGGCUGGUUUUGUGCCCAGGCGGCGGAUGACAGCGGACACAUCGGGCGGCGAUGCCGCGGUGGCCGGAGCUUCCGCGGGAGCGGAGAUACACUGGCUCGACGGCAGGUUCUGGGGUGUUUCCGAGAGUCUCGUCGGCACUUUGACACCUCGGAUAGCAGGAGAAACGGAGCUUCAUGUUGGACAUUUCUAUGGUUCCCAGGAGGCCAAUGAUAUGUCGGAACCGGACUAUGAGGGUUUGCCCCAGGGCGCCUCCACCAGCACGCACAUGUUGGCAGGAGCAGUGGCAGGAAUCAUGGAGCAUUGCCUGAUGUUCCCUGUUGAUUGUGUGAAGACGCGCAUGCAGAGCCUUCAGCCAGAGCCAGCUGCCCGCUACCGUAACGUGAUGGACGCUUUGUGGCGAAUCGUGAGGACGGAGGGAAUCUGGAGGCCAAUCAGGGGUCUGAAUGUUACAGCUGUAGGGGCGGGGCCAGCCCACGCACUGUACUUCGCCUGUUACGAAAGGUUGAAAAAGGUCCUCGGUGAUAUCAUCCAUCCAGGAGCGAACAGUCAUUUGGCGAACGGGGCCGCUGGAUGUGUUGCCACAUUGCUUCACGAUGCUGCAAUGAAUCCAGCUGAAGUGGUGAAGCAGAGGAUGCAGAUGUAUAACUCGCCAUACCGUGGCGUUCUGGACUGUAUACGCUGCGUGUGGCAGCAGGAGGGGGCGCUGGCCUUUUAUCGCAGCUACACCACGCAGCUCACCAUGAACAUCCCAUUCCAGGCGUUGCACUUCAUGAGCAGGAGUCUCUGACUCAAUUCCAUCAGCCAAAGCGGAAGACACAUCACAGGCCUCGGCCAUGCCUUCCGGACUGUCUACAGGCUUGGCGGCCUUCCUGCUUACUUCAAAGGCGUUCAGGCCAGGGUCAUAUACCAGAUGCCCUCGACUGCCAUCAGCUGGUCCGUCUACGAGUUCUUCAAGUAUGUUAUCACCAAACACCAGCACGAGAAGCGCAGGAUCCAAAGGGACGGAGAGAAGUGACCGCUCACAGCUGGCCUGACCUUGGCUUUCUCUCGCAUAACCAACCAGAUAAGUACGCGAGCUGCAAAAGGACUGAUUUAAUAAAUGAUACGCACAUAUAGAGUCCAAACACUCAUGUCUGUUUACUUCGUUUCAGUUGGCAUUUAAUACUGAAACUUUCCUGUAUAAUUCAACUAAUAAUCAUAACCUAAGUUCUCACUGUGAAGGCUCAAGUUUUUAUUCAAGACAUCCUACUUAACACUUAACCCAAAUUACACCUCCCACAAGAGGGAGUCAGAAGCCUCUUUAGACGUUAUAUGCUAAUGAGUGGGCGGUCUUUAAGUUUGUGGGAGGGGUUUAGAGCUUCUAAACUUCUCCAAAUCCUUCUUUCUUCUAAACAGUACCUGGAACAGCAAACCUGACCCCUACUUUUUCAGAUUUUCCCAGCCAAAAUCAAUACGCACAAUUAAAGACACAUCUGUACAUUCAAUUUGGGAUUUUGAACAUCAUUAAAAUCAUUCUUUAUGACAGAAUGUAGACCUGUACAGUAAUGUAUUGCCUUCACUGGCUGAAUAGCACUCAGAGAUAAUGAAAAAUAUCUAUGUUAGAGGUAUUUUUGUAGUAUUUGGCAGUGGCUUUUCCUCAGCAGUUGUGGGAAAUAUUCCUGCAGUUGAUCCAAAGUUUUGAAAUUGUUGCCCCUUCAUAACUUGUAGAAAUAGUUUUGCGGUCUCUAGGGGACGCCGCAUAUAGAUCUGUAUAACAGCUUUAAGAAGACACAGUCAUUUCUGGCCAACAUUAGUAUUAUUCAGUCAACAAUGCCUUAGACAUGCAGAUCACAUGACCUGAGUGUCAUUAAAAAUUUAGAUUCAGAUUUAAUCUGUUGAGGUCCUUCUGAGUAUUUCAGUGACUAUGAAUUGGUUAUUUGGAGUAAUUUCUUGAUGGACACUGGAAUGUAUUUUGGUUUGCUCUUAACUGAAUUUUAGGUCUUUUUUUUUUUUUUUUGAGAGUUUCAGCUGAAAUGCACCUGGCAGUUGAACAUGUGAGGAGUUUUAUCGACAAGUCUGCCCCAUUCCUUUUUGUUCCUCAGCUUUGAAUAAAUCAGCAGUGCAGGGAUUUCCCUGACUUGCAUAAACUGA